AAUGAAGUACGGUCAGUUAUGCUGUAUGGUAUCCCUAUUGUAGCCUUGGUCAUUGAUGGCUACGAAAGACUCUGCUUAGCUCAGAUAUCGAACACCCUACUGAAGAGCUUCAGCUACAACGAGAUCCACAAUCGAAGGGUAGCUCUCGGCAUCACAUGCGUUCAGUGCACCCCAGUUCAACUGGAGUUGCUCCGUAGAGCGGGUGCGAUGCCAGUAUCCUCCAGAAGAUGUGGACUCAUCACCAAGAGGGAAGCUGAGAGGCUGUGCAAGAGUUUUCUAGCUGAUACCAAGCCACCGAAGCUGCCCGACAACUUUGCGUUCGAUGUCAUUCAUCAGUGUGCGUGGGGCUGCAGGGGCUCCUUUGUCCCCUCCCGGUACAAUAGCUCGAGGGCCAAGUGCAUCAAGUGCACCUUCUGCGGCCUCUUCUUCUCACCCAACAAGUUCAUAUUCCACUCGCAUCGCUUACCGGACUCGAAAUACGUCCAGCCAGAUGCGGCCAACUUCAACUCCUGGAGACGCCACAUCAAGUUGGGGGGAUCACCUCCGGAUGAAGUAGUAUAUGCCUGGGAAGAUGUUAAAGCCAUGUUCAACGGUGGAUCAAGGAAGAGGAUUCUCAGCUGCGCCAGCAUCACUAAGAACAUUGGGAGCCACAGCGACAGCAGCAAAAGGCCUCGCAAUCCAUCUCGGCCGGAUUCAGUUCCUAAUAGCUCAGAGGUAUCGGUGCAUUCGAAGCCUCCGUACUUUCCUGUCGUUCCAUUGCCCAACAAAGGUUUCCCGCUUGCCCCAGCAGCAGCUCCAUUCGUGCCACCUGCUGGCCCUAGGCAUUUCGGACUGUCUACGACUAAGCCGCUUUCGCCCGCUGACAUAAGACAGACUUUUGCCGAGUACAUGUGGGCAGGUAAGCAGCCUUUUCCUUUGCCCUAUGGAGGAGUCCUAUGGCCUCGUCCUGCUGGGAUUGUUCCUGCUACUACGGCCGUCGAGCUCAGAGAAGCUCGCAGUGUACCUGAAACGACGCUACCUUACAGCUUAGCUGACACGACAACGUUGGCAGAUAGUGGUCGCCCUCUCUCGUCGGCGAGCGAAGGGACCUCUCUCUCGUAUCCGGACCACGACAGCCCCGGAUCCCCCCUGCGUCCCACGCCGGCCCACACGUCGGCUUUCCGGCCCGUGGGUCGCAGGUCCCCCCCAAGGAUCGACUCUGACGCCGACACUACGACGGCGGCCUACGGGGGCGCCCGCUGCGGCAGCUGCUGCGGCUCGUCCGGCGACGACGAGCGGGACGAAGUGGACGUGACGGACAUCAGCAACGACGGGGACUCGGCCCUCGCAUCCGCGGCGCAGCCCCCCGCGCUCAUCGCCGUCGACGAGCUGACGACGGCCGCCGCUCUGCCGGACACGAGCGCCGAGAGCACUCCGCUGCACAGGAAGGGGGUGAGUUGUCUUUCAUCUUCCUCUUCCGCGUGCUUCUCUGAGUAA